AUGAAAAUUACCUUUAAAUCUCAUUGUGACACACGUUGGAGUACAAAAAAACAAGCAGUGAAUGCUCUAAAAUUAAAUUUUAAGCAUGUUUUUGACAUACUAACUCUUAUGGCGGUGAACCCGAAAGAUUUUAAUAAAAACACAACAACAUCUGCUCAAUAUAUUCUAAAACAAAUAAAUUUCCAGUUUUUAUGCCUACUUCAUUUUUGGAAUUCUAUACUAGGGCAGAUUGACAAAGUAAAUUUAUCUUUACAAAAUCAAAAUCAGACUAUUGGUGUGGCAACAAAAAGUUUAGAAGCUUUAAUUAAAUGCAUUCAAAAUAUACGAAAAAAUGGUUUUGAAAAUGCAUCGAAUGAAGCUAAAAAACUUGCACUUUUAAUAAACAUUCCUAUUGAUUUUCCAACUACCAGAAAAAUAAAACGUAAGAUAUAUGAGUCAAAUGAAUCAGAAACUAAUGAAACAAGUGAAACUAUUGUGAAGCUACAAUGCUAUGAAUCUUAA